AAAGGCACAGAAGUCCUGUCCUCAAUUGAGUUUGGCAACCCUAGUCUUUGUGUAUGCUGUGUCCACUGUUAAUUGAUUUCACGUGGAUUAGAUGAAUAAAAAUCAGAGCACUGUCAUUUAGAGCUUACAUUAUAUACUUUCCAGCCUUACGUCUUGUCAUCAUAAUUCUUCUGAGGGCUGUAAUUGAAAAAGAAGAGUUUGGGAACACUUCUCCCCGCCCCCAGUUUCUUGUAGAGUGGUAUAUUCCCAUGUUAAUCCGGUCAGUCAGGUUUUUCAAGAUGUUGGGACACUUUGCUCGCUAAGAAAGAAUUUAUACAAAGCUUCUUGAGACAGAAUAAACACCUUGCUAUUUCCAUUUAGGAAAUUUGCUUCAUUCUCCCCUCCUGCAUUCCCAGAGUUGAUAGGGCAAAUGAACACCAGUUCUUUUAAAGGUGAAAUUGUUGUCAUUGUUCAAGGGUAGGAAAGAGCAGCUGUAGCUUGUGUAGGACUCGGCUUCUUAAUCUGCAAAAGUGAAUCACAUCACCAGCUACCCAGUGCUGCCAAAAGAGCUUAAUUCUGGAGCCACAUGGAAGAAAAGCAGCCAGUCUUGGAAGAAGUGGCACAAGAUGUCCUUCAGAGCUAUGGAACAAUGCCCAGCCAGCAACCACUGCAUAAGCCAGAAUGGGCAGAGUUUAAUCUGAAGCCUGACUCCCUCUACUUUAAUGAUGGCCAACGAAGAAUCGACUUUGUUUUAGCAUAUGAAGAUGAGAGCAAAAAAGAACAUAAGAGAAGCUUUCAUAAAAAGCAAAUGAGGAAGAGGCUAGCAUAUGAAUCUAACUUGAUAAACCGUGGUUUGCAGCUUGAAGCAACAAGUUCGGUCGUGGAUGAAAAGCUUAUAUUUGUAAAAGUGCAUGCACCUUGGGAACUGCUGUGCAGCUUUGCUGAAAUUAUGCACAUCAAAUUGCCCCUGCAACCCAAUGACCUGAAAACCCGUGAGUCACCAUUCAAGUGGAUUAGCAGGUUCUUCAGUGUGGAUGAAAAUAUCAUCAAACCGGAGCAGGAGUUUUUCACUGCGCCAUUUGAAAAUGACCGUUUGUCAGACUUCUACAUACAGGACAAGGACACUUUCUUUAAUCCAGCCACCAGGAGCCGGAUAGUUCACUUUAUUCUUUGCCGUGGGGAAUAUGCUAUAAGAGACAACGUGAGAAAGUUUGGAAUCAAUAAGCUACUGGACUCUGGGAUCUACAAAGCAGCUUUUCCACUCCAUGAUUCAAGAUUCAACUACCAGUCACAGGAUCCCAACUGUCCAAAUGAACGGUACCUGCUGUACAGAGAAUGGGCUCAUCCUCGAAAUAUUUUCAAGUUACAGCCCUUAGAUCUUGUCAGGAAAUAUUAUGGGGAGAAAAUUGGAAUCUAUUUUGCCUGGCUAGGAUUCUAUACUCAGAUGUUACUCCUGGCAGCAGUUGUUGGACUCGGGUGCUUUUUGUAUGGCUAUUUCAUGAAGGACAACUGCACUUGGAGUCAAGAAGUCUGUGACCCGAACAUAGGAGGUAAAAUCAUCAUGUGCCCCCAAUGUGAUCAAGAAUGUACAUAUUGGAACCUCACAAUCACCUGUGAAUCGUCCAAGAAGCUGUGUAUCUUCGAUAGCUUCGGAACACUUGUGUUUGCGGUAUUUAUGGGAGUAUGGGUUACUUUGUUUCUGGAGUUUUGGAAAAGACGGCAGGCUGAGCUGGAAUACGAAUGGGACACUGUCGAGUUCUUGGAGCAAGAGGAACAAAUACGUCCCGAAUAUGAAGCGAGAUGCCAUCGUGUCGUAGUGAACGAAAUAACACAGCAAGAAGAGCAUAUCCCCUACACAGCUUGUGGAAAGUGCAUGAGGAUGACCUUCUGCACAAGUGCUGUCUUAUUCUGGAUCCUGCUCAUUAUCGCCUCGGUUAUUGGCAUAAUUGUUUACAGGCUGUCUGUUUUCCUGGUGUUUUCCGCAACGCUCCCAAGGCACAUCAAUGGCACUGAAGCCAUCCAGAAAUACUUGACUCCACAAGCAGCAACUUCAGUUUCUGCUUCCAUCAUAAGCUUCGUCAUCAUUAUGAUUCUGAACAUGAUCUAUGAGAAAGUAGCAAUCAUGAUUACUGACUUUGAACUACCAAGGACGCAGACCGAUUAUGAAAACAGCCUCACCAUGAAGAUGUUCUUAUUCCAAUUUGUCAACUAUUACUCUUCCUGUUUCUACAUUGCAUUCUUUAAGGGUAAAUUUGUAGGUUACCCUGGCGACCCUGUUUAUUGGCUGGGGAAAUACAGAAAUGAAGAGUGUGAUCCAGGUGGAUGUCUCCUUGAACUUACAACACAACUGACAAUAAUAAUGGGAGGCAAAGCAAUCUGGAAUAAUAUACAAGAAGUGCUUCUUCCGUGGCUUAAGAACCUGAUUGGAAGAUUUUGUUCGGCUGCACGAUCUGAAAAAGUUGUCCCUCGCUGGGAACAGGACUACCACCUGCAACCCAUUGGCAAACUUGGAUUGUUUUAUGAGUAUCUUGAAAUGGUUAUACAGUUUGGAUUUGUCACCUUGUUUGUGGCCUCGUUCCCACUGGCUCCCCUUCUGGCACUUAUGAACAAUUUACUAGAAAUACGUAUAGAUGCCUGGAAGAUUACCACACAGUUCAGGCGCAUAGUUCCUCAGAAAGCUCAGGACAUAGGAGCAUGGCAGCCAAUCAUGCAAGGAAUAGCUCUUCUUGCUGUGGUGACCAAUGCAAUGAUAAUUGCUUUUACGUCUGAUAUGAUUCCACGCCUGGUGUAUUACUGGUCAUUUUCCAUUCCUCCCUAUGGAAGUCAGAGCACUUACACCAUGAAGGGGUACAUAAACAACACACUUUCCAUCUUUGCUGUGUCAGACUUCAGAAACGAAAGCAAGCCAGUCACUCUUCCCAUGUUUGCCAACCAGACAACAUGCAGGUACCGGGAUUUCCGAUACCCCCCUGGGCACGAACAUCAAUAUGAACACAAUAUCUAUUACUGGCAUGUUAUUGCAGCCAAGCUCUCAUUCAUCAUUGUCAUGGAGCAUGUCAUCUACUUUGUGAAAUUUGCUAUUUCACACAUAAUUCCGGAUGUGUCAAAGAAAACCAAAAGCAAAAUUAAACGGGAGAAAUAUCUAAUACAGACACUCCUGCACGAGAACCCUCUGAAAUCUAUGAAGAAAAAUAUGGGGAGCAUCGCCGACAAAAUAUUAAAAGGCGCAGGUGGCACUUUCCGACCUAAAACUGAAUAGAGACAGGACAGCCUGACAGUGGCUAAUCAUUGGUGUGUGAAUCUUUCUACCAAAACAAACAAACAAAGGGAUUGGACCAAAGACUUGGUAGAACGUAACUGCAAAGGAAGAAGUGAAUGCUCGUAAACAGAAUGGAUAAGCAUUUCAUCGUGGUUUUUGUUGGCUGUUAUAAAGGGGCUGUCUUAAUCGAAACUGUUGUGGUGUGCCUUCCAGCUGUAUGCCAUUUGAAACCAAACCUCAGAAACCAAACCACUUGUCUUAAGAGUGACACGGCUUAUUCGGACCAGUUUUGAAUACUUUGAUUGCCUUGUCCAGCUUCAUCAAACUGGGUAGAAAUGGACACUGUGGCAAGGAGGGGAAACAGGGCUGCAUACGCUGGCCUCAGCCUCGAGCCACCUCCGCUCAAAUGUACAGUCCGCACAAAAUGAAUUAAAGCAAAAUGGCAAUCCUAAGGUAAGGGGGGGAACUACUCUUGUGUUCCAUAAAGCCUUAAGAGAUACUGUAUGUAUACUGAAGAGAACGCAGUAAUGAUCAACCAGGAGUGGCCAGUGCAGUGGGGUAGGGACACCCCCUGCUCCCCUGACAGCAGUGUUGUUGCUGCUGCUUAAUGGGGCAGUGCAGGGCUGGGGCUGGGUGCCAGUGAAGUGAAGGCAGCAGUAGAGCAAAUCCAGUAUCUCCUUCCUGCACAGGCCCAACCUGACUGCCAUGCUGCCCCAUCCCAUUAAGGUGAACAAAAUAACACACCAUGAUGGCCAAUAACCAUGGCACUAAGCACUAUUUAUAGACUAAUACAAAUGAUCAGAAAUUGCAACCAAAAUCUCUAAAUCUUCUUCACCAGUCGCGGUAGAAUAACUCAAAAGUUUGAAAUAUACAUAAUCUGUCACCAAAUACCGCCAGAACAGAGUUUCCAGAUAACCAAUCUGUUUUGUUCAAUGCUUCAUCAGCCAAUCUUGAUCAAUUCUUCAUCAGCCAGACUUGUAAGAAUUAAUAUGAGAAGUAUGCAGUUCAAUUUCUUAACAAGCCGAUCUUACAUGUAAGUAAAUAUAAACGCUGUAGAAAAUAUGCUCUGGAUCAGUGCUCAUAUGAUAUUGUAGUCACUGAUGCUGGUAACAAAUUGUAAAGCUGUUUUUGGACCGUCCCAUUAAGGAGCAGCAGAACCACUGCUGUACAAGCAGCCACGUGGCCUUGCUCCCCUGCACUGGCUGCUCCUGCGUUCAGCAUAAUAUAAAGGGAUUUGCAUCCCAGUCAGAGCCAUACUGUCACUGGCACCUCUGCAGAUUAGAAGAGUCACAGAGGAGUGGACACUUUAGACCUGCCUUUGUUUUUGCUCUGUGUUCUCUAAUUUUCCACCUCUCAUUUCCACCUGAAUGUUCCUAGAAGUCUCUGGCAAGUAGUUCGCGGUGCUAGCAGACAUUACAGUUUUGCUUCAUGGAUCUAUAGCCAUUCUUCUGCUUCACUGGAAUCCCAAGCUCAUGUCAAUUUCUGGAGAAUGUCUGAGCGUCCAGCUGCCAUCUAAAACUAUUGAGCUCCAAAAUGCGGAGCGGAAGAUCUUGCACUGGUUUGUAGUUUUGACUAUAGACGUGUCAGGCCUGGUCAAUGUAAUGCAUUACAAAAGGCACCAUCAAGAAAUAUUAAAUGGGAUGGAGAAAGCCUUUUCAAUCAUUCAGAAUGUUGAACAAAUAUUCAAGUCCCAACUUCCAGACCAUGAGAGCAUUGUGCCUGUUGAUCCAUGGGUAUUUACACACACACACACACACACACACACACACACACACACACACACCACUCUCUUCACUUAAGUAAACAUAUACAUGAACAAGCAACCACAUAGAGGAGGAGAUAUCUCCAUGUGCCUGUGUAUAUAAUACAGUGGUACCUCAACUUACGAACGACUCGACAACCGAAUUUUUCGACUUACGAAUGGGGGUAAUGGCCGCGCGCUUAUGAAUGUCUCGACAUCCGAUAGGAUAGGGAUUUUUUGACUUAUGAAUUUUUAGAUAGGGUUGCUUCAACUUACGAAUUUUUCUGUUUCCAAUGCAUUCCUAUGGGGAAUCGCGUUUCCAAUGGCGUUUUUCGACUUACAAAUUUUUCAACCUAUGAAGGUGCCUUCGGAACGGAUUAAAUUCGUAAGUCAAGGCACCACUGUAAUUUGAUUCAGGUAAGUAUGGUGUGUGUGUGUGUGUGUGUGUGUGUGUGUACAUAAGCAAGUGUGAAUUCUGAGUUGGCCUAAUACAUUUUGCUGCUUGAGGUGAAGGACAAAAUGGUGGACCCACAUAUUCUGUGUGCCGAAGGUUACCAGACUGGCUGUAAAAGUACAUGACACACACAACUCUAUCCUCCAAUAUCUCACCCUUGAGCCUCACCCUCAUAAUCUGCCACCUGAGGCAGCUGCCUCCUUGGGCCUAAUGGUAGAGCUAACUCUGAUUCUAAAGAGGUCAAUGAAAACAAUAGUCUGAUGUGUAACUUGUGUCACCAGCAAAGGAAUAUUUAGAAUGGGGUGCAGCUUAUAGUGUUUUAUCAUCGGGUUGCCAACUUGAAUAAAAUGUUUGGGGGGAGUGUGUGGAGAUAAUCCCCGCCCCACAAAAUAAAUCACAAGAUAUGGUGCACACACUCCAUUUGAAUGGCAAUGCCCGUCAACUGGGGAGGAGCUCAAAUAUUUUUUUGGGGGGGCAAAGGGACCUCAGCCCCUAGGAGUUGGCUCCUAUGUUUAUCACUGUUUCAGGAACAACUUGCUGGUAUUGUAAGGAGUACAUUGGUUCACAGAGCAUUGAAGGUCUUUGUGCCAAUUGAUUUUGCAAAGCUUUUGAUUGAUCUAAUAAAGAUUACAAAUAGAGGUGCAAUCAGUUUAGAAUAUUUGACAGUAAUGGCUGCUUUAUUAAGUGUUUUUUCCCCAAGAAACAGUUACAACAGA